AUGGCCUCCCUCCCGCCCCCGGACAUCCGCAGGCCCAGGCCCCCCUCUCGGGCCCGGGUCGGAGCUCGGGCCGCCCGGCCCGCCGAGGCCCCGGGCGCGAGCAUGGGCAACGGCAGCCUGGCGCCGGGCGCGCGGGAGGGCGAGUGGGAGGGCUGCCGCGUGGACGCGCGCGUGGACCGCCUGUUCCCGCCCUGGCUGUACCUGGCCGUGCUGGGCGCGGGGCUGCCCACCAACUGCCUGGCGCUGUGGGCGGCGUGGCGGCAGGUGCGGCAGCGCCACGAGCUGGGCGUGUACCUGCUGAACCUGAGCGUGGCCGACCUGCUGUACCUGGCCACGCUGCCGCUGUGGGCCGACUACUUCGCGCGGCGCGACGACUGGGCGCACGGCGCGGGCGCCUGCAAGCUCUUCGGCUUCGUCUUCUACACCAACCUGUACGUGAGCAUGGCCUUCCUGUGCUGCGUGUCGCUCGACCGCUACCUGGCCGUGGCGCACCCGCUGCGCUUCGGCCGGCUGCGGCGCGUCAAGACGGCGGCGGCCGUGAGCGCGCUGGUGUGGGCGGCCGAGCUGGGCGCCAACUCGGCGCCGCUCUUCCACGACGAGCUCUUCCGCGGCCGCGACAACCGCACCUUCUGCUUCGAGCGCUUCCCGCUGGAGGGCUGGGGCGCGCGGCUCAACCUCUACCGCGUCUUCGCCGGCUUCCUGGGCCCCUGGGCGCUCAUGCUGCUGUGCUACCGCGGCAUCGUGCGCGCCGUGCGGCGCAGCGUGUCGGCCGAGCGGCGCGAGAAGCUGCGCGUGCAGCGCCUGGCGCUCGGGCUGCUGGCCAUCGUGCUCGUGUGCUUCGCGCCCUACCACGCGCUGCUGCUGGCCCGCAGCGCCGCCGCCCUGGGCCGGGCCCCCCGCGACCGCGCCCGCGCCCGCGCCGACGGCGGCGACGGCGGCUGCGGCUUCGAGGAGCGCGUCUUCGCCGCCUACCACGGCGCGCUGGCGCUCACCAGCCUCAACUGCGUGGCCGACCCGAUCCUCUACUGCCUGGUGCACGAGGGCGCGCGCGGGGACGUGGCCCGGGCGCUGCGCCACCUGCGCCGCUGGCUGGGCGGCGGCCGAGAGCCGAGGGGCGCGGGGGCCGCGGCGGCCGGAGCCUCCGCCGGCCUCCACCUGGACCUCCGCCUCGACCUCGACCUCGACCUCGACCUCGACGCCGCCAAGGGGAGCGACCGGCACGGCGGCGGCGCGCCCGGGACCCUGGCUGCCCCGGAGGACCAGGGGGCCCUCAAGAUGCUGCCGCUGCCGCUGUCGCCGCCGCCGUCCCCGCUGCUGCUGCAGCCGGAGCUGCAGGUGCAGGUGCAAUGA